AUGGACAGCCGCCUCCUCGAGCACCCCCAUGCCCAGUUUGGCGGCAUGGUGGGCUUCCCCUACCCCAUCGGGCCCCCCCACGUCUACGAGCUGGCCGGCCACCAGCUCCAGGCCGCCGCCGCCGCCGCCGCCGCCGCCUCGGUGCCCUUCUCCAUCGACGGAUUACUCAACGGCUCCUGCGCCGCCGCCGCCGCCGCCGCCGCCGCCGCCGCCUCGGUGGUCAACCCCAACCCGCUCCUCCCCUCCGGCUGCGGCGUCAACGGGGAUGCUCAGCCCUUCAAGCUGGCCG